AUGAAAUUUGGAAAAUAUCUUGCUUCAAGACAAUUGGAGCUUCCUGAGUAUUCAGGUCAUUUCAUAGAUUAUAAAUCCUUGAAGAAACUUAUUAAACAAUUGGCAAUUCCCUCCACUACGACCACUACCACUACUACUUCUAUAGAUGGAGAGGUAACAAUUUCGAAUAUUCAACAAACUCUUAAAGAGAAUAAAGCUUCAUUUUUUUUCCGAGUAGAGCGUGAAUUGGAAAAAGUCAAUUCCUUUUAUCUUGAAAAGCAAGCCAAUUUAGCAAUCAAUUUGAAUUUAUUACUAAUGAAACGUGAUGAAUUAUUUAAUAAAUCAAAUCAAUAUUUAAAGAGACAUGGAUCAGCAGGGGAUGAUAGCUCUUUAUCAAACGCCGAUAUAAAUUUCCGUAAUUCUAUUUCAUUUUUGAAUUUAUAUCAAAAUUUUAAAAAAAUUCAUCAAGAUUUACUUCGAUUACAACAAUUUAUUGAAUUAAAUGAAACAGGAUUUUCGAAAGUAGUGAAAAAAUGGGAUAAACGUUCAAAAUCUCACACUAAGGAGUUAUUCAUUUCUACAGCAGUAAGCGUUCAACCUGUCUUCCAUAAGAAUGAAAUUAAUGAAUUGAGUGAUUUAGUCACACAAUCAUUAUUUGAUAUUGAAAGUAUUAUGGAUGGUGACUAUUCAAGUUUACUGAAUUAUAAUGCUUCAACUGGUGUGGUAUCCGCUACAGCCACCACCACCACCACCACUACAACAACAGUUAGUGGUUCAACACCUCCUGCGCCUGGGUUCAAUAUUCCAAAUGUACCAGGUAUUGAUGAACAUCAAGCAGAAGAAAUUUUCACUAGACACUCUUCCAUUGUGAGUAGUCUACCAAACAAUAAUGAAAUUGAUGAAUUGUACACCAGUUUUGUUAACGUUGCCACUAUUAAAGAACCUGAUUUAUCAUUAUUGGCUAGGUGGGUAGAAAAAAUUAAUAAUGGCGGUAGUAAGUCACCAGAACAACCAUUUACUCCCGUUGUAAAAUAUAAAAUAUCGAAAAUUUUUUUAUUAUCAAUAAGCAAUUUGAAAAUUUCAGAUUCAUUUCUUGAAUUGUUUUUACAAUUUAUUAAUUAUGACGUUGAUUUUAAUUUUAUUAAUGAUGAUUUCAAUAAUAAUAAAACAAUAUUACAUCAAUGUUGUUCGAUACCGACAGCAUCGUCACAACUGGAUCCUAAUCACAACACCAGCAAUCACCAUCCCCAUCAUGUGACAAUUAACAAUGGUGUUAAAGUUAUUAAUUCAACUGAUUUGAUAAAUCAUUCUCGCACAUUUAUUGUUAAAUAUAUUGUUGAAAAAUUGCAGUUCCCCUCUGCAGAUGAGAAAACUAAAUUAUUAGUCCAUAAGGAUUCUAAUGGGAAAACUUGUUUACAUUAUGCAGCACAAAUGAAUCGUCCCGAUUUAUUAGAUUUAUUAUUGUUGUCAUACCCACAAUCACAUAUUGAUGAAUUGGAUAAUGAUUCUAUGUCACCAUUACUUUUAGCGAUCAAACAUGGACAUUUAAAUAUUACGAAGAAAUUAGUUCGAUUUGGCUCCAAUCCUUUCCCUAAAGCUAGUAAGGAUACUUUACAAUAUUUACCAAUAAAUUAUGCUUGUAAAUUUGGUGACUACAAGACUUUAGAGUAUUUAUUAUCUAAUGCAAAGUCUCAAGAAUUGAUUGCAAAAUUAAUUAAUCAACAAGAUGUCGAAGGUUUGUUGCCAUUACAUGUUGCAUCAAGACAAGGACAUUAUAAAUUGAUAAAAUUAUUAAUUCAGUAUGGUGCACAAAUUAAUAAAUUGGAUGGAUUCAAUAAAUGGACCCCCAUAUUUUAUGCCGCUGCUGAGGGACAUGUUAAAACCACUCAAGAGUUGAUUAAAUUUGGUGCCAAGUUGAAUAUUAUUGAUGAGGAUGGUUAUAAUGUAUUAUAUUAUUGUGUUGUUGAAGGUCAUAUUGAUGUGAUUAAUGAAUUAUUGAGUUACUAUCAAAAAGGAUUUCCAUCAUCUAAAUUGAUUUUAGAUUCAGCAAAUUCAACAAAUUCAACAUCUAUGUCAAUUUUAGGUAAUGGCAAUGAUAUGGAUUCUGGGGAAGAGGAAGAAGAAGGGGCUCCUGCUACAACUGUAACAGCAACAGCAGCAACAACAACAGCUGAUGUUGAUGCAACAUCCUUUAAUGAAAGUAACACUAGUAAUAAUAAUGUUGAUAGUAUACCUGAUUUACAAUUACCACCACCUAUUUUACCGUUGCGAAGAUAUGGUCACAACUUUUUGGAGCAAAAAGUUUUAAUUGAAUUGAUUUUCCCAUCGGAUCAGGUGUUUAUCAAUUUGUUUAACUCUACUGCUGAUUUGAAACCAGGAAGAAUAACCAUCACUUCAAAUAUAUCAGAUAUUGUCCCUAGAAAUAUUCUUUUGCCCAUACGGGAAGAUAGUUACAACAACAACGGUAAUAGCAAUAACAACUGUGUUUUCCAAACUGAUGUUGACUCAUUAUGUGAAUUUCGAAUUGAUUUUGAGAUUUUCCCUAAAUUCGGUACCCGAUUAAUUGCUAAAACCACAGCAUUAUCAUUUGAACAUAUCACUGGAAAUUCGCCAGAAAUUAAUACUGUUCUGCUCCCAUUGUUUGAUUUAAGAUUAAAAAAUAUUGGUGAAUUAAAAUUUAGUUAUCAAGUGAUUUUCCCUUAUUCUGGAACAUUAUUAGAAACUUCUAAAUUUGAUACUUAUUGGAAAAGUUCUACUAGUUUUGUUAAAAAUCGACAAACUUUGAAAUUAAAUGCUGCUGGUGGGUUAUCACCAAAUAAUUUCUUAUCACCUGGAUCAGUGUCAACCAUGCCAAUCCCCAACAAUACCAAUGUCAAUACCACUAACAACAAUAAUAAUGGGAAUGGGAAUGCUGGAGUUGGGGUUGGGGGUAACUCUACUUUAAUCCCGUCAACACAAUCUAUUGUUACUGCAACUUCGUUAUCUGGAGAAUACCUUCGAAUUAAAGUUUGUUUAUUAAGUGAUGGAACACCUAUUGUUUGUCCUAAUUGGUCAAUAUCAAUUACUGAUAAUAUUGAUUUGUAUUUGCCCAAUUUGACUUUAAAACAAUUAAACUCAAUUACUAAUGAUUUAUUUGAUUAUCCAAGAAUUAUUCAUGAUUUAUCUCGAUUAACAAAUAAAGAUAUUCCAUUGAUAAAGAAAUUAUUGCAAAUUAUUUAUUUACCAUUGGAUUUGGUAUUGGAUAUUUUAAACAUUGAUAUCAAUUUGAAUUUAGAGAUUGUUUUCCCAUCAUUAUAUGAAUUGGAAACAUUGCCAUUUAUUAAUAAUAUUCUGAAUAAUUUGAAUCAAUUUAUUGAUAAUAUUUUAAGUAAUGUUUUCAAUCAUAUUAGGUCUAAUAAAAAACGUCAACAAGAGACACAACAUAUUCCUAAUACUACCAAUCCUCCUUCUACUAAUAACAACAAUUAUAGAUCAAUUAUUUUCCUUUCUUCAAAUUCAUUGAUUUGUAAAAUCUUAAAUUGGAAACAACCCAAUUUCCCAGUAUUUUUAAUCAUGGGUGGUAUUGCCUUUAAUACUAAAUUAAAUAAAUUUGUUAAACGGACAACUAAUGGAUUAGAAAUUACUCCACAUGUUUCCCAACUGCUUUCUCGUGAUGGUCAUUUACGUUCACCGUCGUCACCUUCUUCGUUGGAAUUGGAUGAUUUAACUACUAGAUCCAUUAAAGAAGCAGUUAAUUUCACUAUUAACAACAAUUUAAUUGGAUUGAUCACAUCGAUUCAUUUACUAGAUUUGGUCCCCAAAUUGAUCCCUUUGAUUAGAUCUACAGGAUUAAUAUUAGUAGCAUCAAGUGAUGUAAUUAAUGAAGAUAAAGAUAAACAAGAUGAUGAAAUAUUACGGAAAGAAUUGGAUUGUUAUACAAAAACAGAAAUUAAUGGGUUAAGAUUUGAUGAUGUAUUAAGUUUCAAAGAAGAUAUAAGUAUGUAA